AUAUUCACAACUAAUAUGAUAACCAUUUUGCAGCUUCACAAGUUUUGAGCAAUCUAGAGGAACUUUUCUUGGAUCAGUCGCCUCUUAGCAUAAACUUUCUGCAAAAUAUUGAUGCAUUGACUUCUCUCAGGUCAAUAUCUCUAAGAAAUUGUGGAUUCACAGGAACCUUACCAACUCAAGGUUGGUGUGAUUUGAAGAAUCUUGAAGAGAUGGAUCUCUCUGGAAAUGAAUUGGUAGGGAUACUACCUUCUUGCUUGGCUAACUUGACAUCUCUUCGACUUUUGGAUAUCUCCCAAAAUCUAUUCACUGGAAAUGUUGCAUCUUCUCCCCUAAUUAAUCUUAUUUUGCUUCGAUAUCUCUCAAUUUCUACAAAUAAAUUUCAAGUUCCAGAUUCCUUCAAGUCAUUUGCAAACCAUUCCAACCUUAAAGUCUUCUUCAGUGAUUUCAAUCAAUUGGUUCCGGAACAUGAUCAUGUUCAAACAAAGGUUCCCAAGUUCCAGCCAAGAGUCCUUAGUUUGUCAAAUUGUAGGGCAAAUGAGGAACUCACUAAACCUCCUAGCCUUCUCUAUUACCUAUAUGACUUGAGAUAUGUUGAUCUUUCAUCUGACCAAUUUAUGGGAGCCUUACCUUAUUGGUUGUUUGAAAAUAAUACGGGAUUACAGGUUGCUAUUUUGAAGAACAAUUCUUUCAUGGGUUCUUUCCACUUGCCAUCACAACCUAAUCUUGAUGUUCAGGAAAUAGAUAUUUCGAAUAACCAAAUACAAGGUGAAAUCCCAUUAAAUAUCAGUAUGAUUUUUCCAUAUUUAACAUUGUUAUUCUUGUCUGGAAAUGGCUUUGGAGGAAGAUUUCCCAAGUGGCUGGUUAGUAUGAACUCUUUAGAAUUUUUAGACUUGUCUAGCAACCAAUUAUCUGGAACAUUACCAAAAGAGUUUGUUAUAGGAAGAUCAUUACUUCAUCUUAGACUUUCAAAUAACAACUUGAUUGGGAAAAUACCUCCUAGAUUUAAGUCUCAAUCAUUGGAUGCAUUGUAUUUAGACAGAAACAAUUUUGAAGGAGAGAUAUCCAAUGUCCACUUUUCUAGGUCUUCAUAUCUAAGCAUAUUGGACAUUAGCAACAACAAUUUGUCAGGAAAGCUUCCAAGAUGGACAAAGAAUCUCCUUCGUUUGCUUGAAUUGGAUUUAUCCAACAAUCACUUUGAUGGUUCAAUUCCAGAGGAAUUUUGCUAUAAUGCUGACCUUUGGCUUCUCGACCUAACUCACAACAAUUUAUCUGGGUCUCUACCACAUUGCUCUAGUCCAUCCUCACAAUCCUUAUCACAUAUCUAUUUGAGCAAAAAUAGACUAAAUGGUCUGCUAACACAUUCAUUCUUGAACAUCUCUUCAUUGGAGAUACUAGAUCUUGGAGAAAACAACCUUUCUGGAAGCAUUCCAAAAUGGAUCAGCAACCUUUCUUCCUUGAGUAUCUUGCGUCUAAAAGCUAAUCACUUUUUUGGUGAAAUUCCAAAUGAAAUAUGUGAGUUGGACCAACUAAGAAUCGUGGAUUUGUCUCAUAAUCAACUUUCUGGUCAUAUACCUUCUUGUUUGGGACAUUUAAUUGGCGCUCCGAAUUCAUCAUCAUGGAGUGUUAUUAGCUAUUCUUCAACAUUUAACUUUGACACAUCAACAGAAAUGGAAGCUAGAUUAAUGCAAGAGGUAUAUACACAAUUGGAUAGCCAUAUACAAGGUUCGAUAGAACUUGUUACCAAGUGGUGGUCUUACACUUAUGAAGGCAACAUUCUUGAUUAUAUGUCUGAAAUUGAUCUCUCUUGCAACCAAUUAACAGGCUUAAUCCCACUUGCAAUGGGAAACUUAAGUGGCAUUCAUUCACUUAACUUGUCCCACAACAACUUAACUGGACCCAUACCUUCUACCCUCUCCAAUUUAAAGCAACUUGAAAGCUUGGACCUUUCUUUCAAUGAUUUGAAUGGUGAGAUUCCAUCUCAACUUACUGAGCUAAACUCUUUGGCAGUUUUUAGUGUUGCACACAACAAUCUUUUAGGUCCUAUCCCAUAUGGAAAAGGACAGUUUGGAACCUUUGACAACAACAGUUAUGAAGGAAACCCGCUUCUUUGUGGACCUCCAUUGGAAAAACAUUGCAAGGAAACUAAUGCACCACCAAAGUUACUUAUGUGAUUGUUUUGUUAUCAAUUGGAGAAGUCCUAUACAUAAAUCCAUAUUGGCGACGGGCAUGGUUUUAUUUGAUUGAGAGGUGUGUCACCAAUUGCUACUAUUUAAUCUUGCAUAAUAUUCUAAGAUUCUAGUAUUGUAAUAAUGUAACUAAUUUAUGUCUGUUAGGAUGUACCUUCAUCCAUGCCAAGUUUUAAUAAUGCAAUUCAGUUUUC